AUGGGAAUUGAGGACGCGGAGCCUGCCGUGCUUGUGCAACUGAUGGAAUUUGCUAAUCGUGCCCACGUCCUACAGGAUGCGCUGGUGUACGCGGAUCAUUCUGCGGCACGUCAGGGAGGGAACAAUGUUUCGAUUGACGAUGUGCAGCUCGCAGUUCAGAGCCGUGUGAACUACAGCUUCUCGCAACCGCCGCCCAAGGAGAUGAUUCUCUCUCUGGCGUCGUCGCUCAACAGUGUUCCUUUGCCCCCGGUAUCGAACCGCCAUGGUAUUCGCCUUCCUCCGCCAGAGCACUGCCUCACCAAUGUCAACUUCUCUAUCGUGCCUAACGCGCCGCAGACGAAUUUCGGCGACUCGGUCGUCCAGCCGGACGUCGCCAAGGAUGCGCAUGAUCUCCAGGGUGAUACUACUAUGGACGACGUGACAGAGUCCAUGGAGCUCGGGACAAAGCGUGCCUUGGACGAAGAUGAGGACUAUGACUAG